GUGAAAUAUAAUAUUUUAUCUUUGACCAAGAAAACUAACUUAGCAUGUCUUGAAAGAGAGUACGUGUCUUCUCACCAGAAGAAGUCAGAGAAAUUCUGAACUGAAAUGAGACUAAUCUAGACGAAAAGAAUCUCCCAACUUUUGAUUAUCCUCCUGCUGAUUAUGAAAUCAUGCCUGAGGAAGAUAAAGGGUGGACUGCCAUUGCUAAAUCUGUCUUUGUCCCAACUAGCAGGUACUGGAAAGUCCUUCAGAGGAUCACGAAACAUAACCCUGAAAACUAUCUUACCCAUCCACGUUCAAAGAAGUCAAAUAAAAGCAGCAGAAGUCGGAAAUAAUCACUCCAAGCUGAGAAACCACCAAAGAAGAAGUAGAAGAGGUAUGGCCAAGGUCCUCUCAAAUCAAUCUCUCAACCUGAAACUCCUAGAGACUAAUACGAACAAGACAGAUGGGAAAACUUCGUCUAACAAUUUGAGUUCCUUUGCUAAGUCUCAAAAACAGCCAUUAGAGCCAAUCAAUUCUAGACGGUUGGUAACACAUUCUAAAAGAAAGAGAGUCCAUCACAAGUUGAAAAGGCCAACUUUAACAGUGUCCAAACUAAACAGUUCUAGCUUCAAACAAAGAUUCACAGUUCAAAGAACCCCUAAGGCUAAGUUUAGGUUUUCACUCAAGAAAUAAUGCUGCUGAUAAGAUCCAGGAAUUCUCUGGAAUAAAUGACAGCCAGAAAAGAAUUAAAGCUACCAAACAAAAAAUUCUAGAUAAACAGACACCUUCAAAAUUCUCAUCAGACAUCAGUCCUCAAGCUAUCUAUGAUCUGACCUUACCUCCCAUUGACGCUUCUGCUGGCCACUUUAGAGCCAAAUUUACUCCCCAAAAGGCCAAGAAAUCAUCAUUUUUCAACGAUAAUUCAUCAGUAAGCGAAGGAGAGGACUAUUUCAGAGCCAAACAAAGCACUUUUUCCCAAAAGUACAACAUCAAAGAGUGGUAUGCACAACUUUGUUCUCGAAACAAACACAUAAUAUGCCAAAAAAAGGCCUGAAUGGAGUACACAUUCACCUCUUACUUCCCAAAUAUUGCUGCUAGAGGCCGCCACCAAACCAAAGUUGGGAUGAAAUCCCCUGAAAUCAGAUCUAGAGGGAAUCUGAUGGAGAAAGGUAUCAAAAGAAGAUAUCUGAAAGGCACUCCCAGCAAAAGCUGUGCUUCUAUUCGCCAGCUUCUUAAAGACAAGCAUACUCUGCUUUAGCUGACCAGAGAAGUAUCACAAUAAAAUU